ACACAGUAAUCGUCCUACGCACAGCCCCGCAUUUCAAACUGACCAUAUAGCCGGGUUCGGGUGCUUCGGACAACGAUCGAAAUAGAACUUUUGUUUGACGCGCUGGUGUUCCGUGGAUUGUUCCGUUUCUUCGUUUUUGUUAAACUGCGAAAAAACACACAUACAAAAACGACUCGCGUGCGCACGUGAGAAAGCACGCGAGAGAGAGUAUUAGUGAAUGUACCGAAAAUAAAUCGGUGGCUAGUCGGCGUGGCGGAACAAUAAAUAAAGCAAAGGAAAACACUGUUGGGUGCCAGAGACAUUGAAAGCAGAGCGAGUGAGUCGAGCGUUGGAGCGAGUGAAAAGGCUAAGGUGAAAAGAGGCAAUCCUUUUCGCUCCGAGGGUGGUUGGGAACCACAUCUCUUCGCCGGAUUGUUUAGUCGAUCUUUGCCAGUACACGGUGGCCAUUUGAUCCGCACGCGUCUGCGGCAACAGUUGACAGUCGGCAGUCGGCGAACGGAAGUAAACAGCAGUCACAGAACCGUUGUGUGUUUUUGGUGGCGACAAACGACAAUCGAAUCGACGUGAUUAGUGAUGGAUAAUUUCAAGAAGAAAACACCCGGCCGGGUGCACCAGCACAUGGAGUACACCCAAAUUCGUCCCCAACUCAACGGGAGCACCAAUUCGUUCAACGGAAGCAGCCCCUACAUCUUCGGCCGAAUGAAAGCCGAACUGAACGAUGUCCCAGCGCAGACGGCGGCCGGUUCGACGUUGCCACUGGUCGACAUGCCCAGGGACGACGAGGAAGCCGGAGACUAUGAUCCAUUCGAAAACCGGAAGCUGACCCACCCAACCACCGACACCGAAACGCUCGUCCAUCUCCUGAAGGGUUCCCUCGGCUCCGGUAUCCUGGCCAUGCCGUUGGCAUUCGUCAACGCUGGCCUUUGGUUCGGUUUGGCGGCCACCAUCGCCAUCGGGGCCAUCUGCACGUACUGCAUCCACAUACUGGUCCGCUGUUCCCACAUCCUCUGCCGACGGGCGCAGAUACCUUCGCUCGGGUUUGCCGAUGUGGCGGAGGUGGCGUUCCUGGCCGGACCGGAACCACUGAAGAAGUAUUCACGCUUGGCCCGCUUCAUCAUCAACCUGUUUCUGGUGGUCGAUCUGAUCGGUUGCUGCUGUAUCUACAUCGUGUUCGUCGGAACCAACAUCAAGCAGGUGGUGGACCAUUACACCCAUACGUACUGGGACGUUCGUGUCUACAUCCUGAUCCUGCUGGGUCCACUGAUUCUGAUCAACCUCAUCCGCAAGCUAAAGUACCUCACACCAUUCUCGCUGAUCGCCAACGUGCUAAUCGGGGCCGGUGUUGGAAUUACGCUGUACUACAUCGUCACGGAUCUGCCGCCUCUGUCGGAGCGUAAGGCCGUGGCUGAAGUGCAGCAUCUGCCCAUGUUCUUCGGGACCGUCAUCUUCGCCCUCGAGGGUAUCGGCGUAGUGAUGUCGCUGGAGAACAACAUGAAAACCCCGCAGAACUUUAUCGGAUGCCCGGGUGUGCUGAACAGCGGCAUGUCGGUGGUGGUACUCCUGUACGCCAUCGUCGGAUUCCUCGGUUACUUGAAGUACGGUGACGAGACCAAGGGUAGCAUUACGUUAAAUCUGCCCGUUGAGGACGUUUUGGCCCAGACUGUUAAGCUGAUGAUUGCGGUGGCCAUUUUCCUGACCUACUCCCUACAGUUCUACGUUCCGAUGGAGAUCAUUUGGAAAAACAUUAAGGGCAAUUUCAACGAGCACAAGAAUGCAGCCGAGUAUGCGCUACGGAUUGGGCUAGUGAUCCUUACCGUGGUGAUUGCAGCGGCACUACCGAACCUUGGCCCAUUCAUCACGCUCAUCGGAGCCGUCUGCCUUAGCACACUUGGUCUGAUGUUCCCGGCCGUAAUCGAACUGGUGACAUUCUACGAAAAACCGGGCUACGGACGGUUCAACUGGCGGUUGUGGAAAAACAUCUUUCUCAUCCUGUUCGGUGUGGUCGGAUUCGUAACCGGUACCUACGUCAGUAUUGUAGAGUUCUCGGAGCACCUCCAGGAAGAGGUCUAGAGCACGCUCGCCCAGCCAGCUUUCGCUUGCCAGCAUCUGCCGAAACCUUGUGAGGUAGGGUGGAUAGAAUAUGGCAGGCAGCGCGCUCCGCGCAUGAAGCAGGACGAGUGCGUCUGACGUCAUCGAAGAAGUUCCCAGGUUCCGCAGGUCGGUUCACGUGAGGACCCUACGAGGCUUGCGAAUCGAGAUCCGUCCUUUUUGGUUGGCAACAGACCUUCAACUGCGCACACUGCAGCGUACUUUCCGGGCACGGGCUCGAUUCAGGGAACUGGUUCCAUCGAUGACUUCUACACGCGCGGCUAGAUUAGUCGCAUAUGCAUGCGGUUCUUUGUGGUUUGCACUUUAAUGUUUCGUUUUUCUUCAAUUAACAAUAGUUCAAUCCCGAAACGUUUGGCAACGUAGCGGUUCCAAACUUUCCCGGUGUGUUUUCCCAGUUAGCGACAAGCGUGCCAAGAGUCCAACCUCGAAUCUGAUUCGAGUAUCAUAUCUGCGAUAUCUAAGAACAGAAGGUGAUGAUAGUAUACAUCUACGACACAACUCGAAGAAUGGAUAGUUUGACAUACCUUCAGGACAGAGUUACUUUCGAAGACUAUGACCGCACACGUAAAUUA